AGGUGCUCAAUGAAUAUAAUUGAAUUGUAAACAGUAGUUAAAACAAAAUCUGAAUUUCUUUUAUCCCUUUACCAUCUCCUCCUCACAUCCUUCCCUCCUUCCCUCCCUCCAAUUCUGGAUACUUCGGGGAUGGAGAUAUCAGAUUGAAGCAGCCAGAGGGCAGGACAUUAGGAAGGUUUGGCGCUAAAUUUGGUUUUCCAUUUCCCAGAGAAUAGAGCCCUGAAGAGUUUGUGGAGUUCUGCCUGGUCAAGGAGACUUCUCCCUGGAGGUCACGGGGCACCAGAGCAGCCUAAGUAACACACAAAGUCAGCUCACAGACUGCAAUUCCUGCUCACCAAUUUCCCCCUUUUUAAAUUGUGUCAGUGAGUGCUGCCCAGUGACUGAUGAGACAUUCAAAUGCUGCCUUUCUAUUGGAGGGUAGUGUCCAUCUGAGUCAAUUCCUGGAACUGAUCUUGUGAAAGAAACUUCAGUUCCUUGUGAGGUUAGGCUGGCCACACCAAACAAUCGAGUACCUGUCCUGCUUCCGGGGCUGCUGGCUGUGGCAGUCCAGGGAGGAAUCAGACUGAUGCAAUGUGGCUACCUCCCCCUGCCUCUCCCUCAUAGGUGAAUGUUGCUGAUGAGGCUCCAGUUCCUUCUCCAGGGGACAACGAACUAGCUGGCCUCUCAGACUAGCAGUGAUAGAUAUGGCGAAUUUCCCAGCAUCCCCUCUGCCUGUCUGCCUCAACUCCCUCCUCCUGCUUCUUCAACUGACCAUGCUAGGGUCAGUUCAGUUUGAUGUGAUUGGAUCUACCAAGCCCAUCCUGGCCCUGGUUGGGGAAGAUGCUGAAUUACCCUGUCACCUGGAACCCAAGGUGAAUGCUGAGUUCAUGGAGGUGAGGUGGUCCCGAUCCUCAACCCUUAAAAUUGUGCACCUGUACAAGAAAGGAGAGGACCAGUUUGGAGAGCAGAUGGAGGAAUAUCGAGGGAGGACUACGUUGUUGAGAGAUGCCAUCGCUGUUGGGAGUAUAGCACUAAAGAUACACAACAUCAGCAUCUCUGAUGGUGGAGAGUACCGCUGCUGUUUUAGAGAAUCCUCCUUCUCCGAUGAUGUUGAUCUGAUCUUGCAGGUUGCAGCUCUAGGUUCCAACCCCCACAUCCACCUGGAGGGAUACAAGGAUGGAGGGAUCCAGUUGGGGUGCUCGUCAGCCGGAUGGUACCCUGAGCCCCAGGUGCAGUGGAGAGAUGCCAUGGGAAAGAUGGUCCCAUCCUUGUCCAAGUCCCAACCCCACACCCUUAACGACCUGUUUGGUGUGGCAUCCUCCAUGAUUGUCCGAAAAGACUCUGUGGGAACCAUAACCUGCUCCAUCCGGAACCCCCUCCUCAACCAGGAGAAGGGGGCAGUGAUUUCCAUAGCAGCUUCCUUUUUCCCACGGGCCUCUCCUUCCACGGUGGCUUUGUCUGUGAUCCUGUUCAUGCUGGUACUACUCAUCGCUGGAGGCCCUUAUCUCCUCAGGAAACUGCAGAGGGAAAAAGGGAAAAUCCAGGCCAAGCUCAGCUGGAGGUUGGCCCAGUUACACGCUGUGGAUGUCACUCUGGAUCCCGACACGGCUCAUCCCGAACUCAUCUUAUCUGAGGACCUAAAACGCGUGACACGUGGAGACACCCGACAAACCCUACCUGACAACCCAGAGAGAUUUGAUGUCUUCCCCUGUGUGCUGGGCCACGAGGGCUUCACCUCGGGGAGGCAUUACUGGGAGGUGGAGGUAGGGGUCAGGAAGUCCUGGGGUCUGGGGAUCUGUAGGGAAGAUGUGGCAAGAAAGUGGUCAUCCUCCGAGUCACCUGAGAAUGGAUUCUGGGCUUUGGAGUUGUAUGAAAAUGAAUACCGGGCUCUCACCUCCCCCCGGACUCCUCUCUCCCUGACUGAGCCCCUUCGUCGAGUCGGGGUUUACCUGGCCUACGAGGCUGGAAAUGUCUCAUUCUACAGUGGGACUGACGGAUGUCUCAUCUACACUUUCCCCCAUAUCACCUUUUCUGGGACACUCCGGCCUUUCUUUCACCUUUGGUUCUAUGACCCAACCUCUAUUAGCAUCUCCUGUGUUCCAUGGAGUUUGAGGGAAUCCCUGAUUCUGCCCCCUCUCAGGAGACCUCAGAAACCCUCUCCAGAGGCAGGACCAGCCUCAGUCACUCAGAAAGGGGAUCCCCUCCCUGGAGUUGAUGCCCCAUUGCUCCCCCCACCAGCCCAGACCUGAGGACCUCCUGCCCCUUAGGGAGCCGCCCACCUCCUGCCCCCUGCAGCCCUCCAUCCCCUCCCAGGGCUGCAGCUGCCUGUGUCCCCACUUCCUCUGCUGCUCCCCCUAGGCAGGGCCAGGCUGGGGGUCACUCUCUGCUGAUGCUGUUUCCAGGGGAGGGUCCCCACUUGGUGGCCACUGUGAUGGUUUUACUUAAACCUCAAAUAGAUCCUGAGGCCUGGCCCUCCAUCCUAGAUUGCCCUAGGGCUACAAGGAUACCUCAUCCAUCUGCUGAUGGCACCCAGGGAAAGGGGGAACCCCACUGGCUGUCACCUUCAGGCAAAUUAAUCAACCAAUUAUUGGCUUUGAUUGAGCAACUACGGAGUCCUAGGUUCUAUGCCAAGCACUUGGAGGGAGUCCCUCAGUAGCCAGAAACAUCUUUUCCUGCCCUCAAGGAGUUUCCAAUCUAAUGGGGGAGAGGGGCAGACUCUACAUGUUUUUCUCCAUUUUCCCAAUCUGUAAAUAAAGGAGGAAGUUUCUGCAUAGA